UGGGCGGACGUGUCACACUGAGCGGAGAGGAGAGAUGGGUGCGCUGUGUUUGCUGUUGGUGCUUCUGUCGGCCGCCGGCUGCUCGGCGCUCGAGGGGCCGCGCCGGCACAAGUGCGAGCCCAUCACGGUGUCCCUGUGCCGGGACAUGCCGUACAAUGUGACCAGGAUGCCCAACCUGCUGGAGCACGAGACGCAGGAGGAGGCGGCAGCCAUGCUGCAGCAGUUCGUGCCACUGGUGGACUCCCACUGCAGCAGUCGGCUCAAGUUCUUCCUGUGCUCGCUGUUCGCGCCCAUGUGCUCGGAGAUGGUCGACGCUCCCAUACCCAGCUGCCAGUCCGUCUGUUUUGACGUGCGCUCGCGCUGCCUGCCGCUGCUGCGCUCCUUCGGUAUCGGCUGGCCGGCCAUGCUCAACUGUUCGCGCCUGCCGGCCGCCGGCCACGAGCGCAGGGAUGGACUCUGUAUGGCGUACCCGACUGGCGAGGGUGAGGGCACCUCGCCGCCCCCACCACCUCCCCCUCCAGUGGACAGGCGCCGGCUGAUGGCCCGCUACCCUCACCUGGACUGGAGCAGUCUGCUGCAGCCGACAGAAGUCCCCGGUGCGCCGGCAGACACCUCCUGCCCGCCCGGCUACCUGCGAGUGGCCGGCGCGGCGGACGGCGGUGCGCGGGCCGCCUGCAGAUCCGCCUGCGGCGCCAAUCUGCUCUUCACAGGAGCCGACAAGCGUCUGGCCGAACUGUGGCUGGCCGCCUGGUCGGCACUGUGCCUGCUCGCCAGCCUGUUCACGGUACUGAGCGUGUGGCUGGGCGCCGCGCGGCUCGAGUACCCGGCCCGGCCGCUGGUGUUCCUCUGCGGGUGUCAGGCGCUGUGCGCUCUGGGAGUGCUCACUCGACUGCUGCUGGGAGCUGAGAAGGCCGCCUGUCACGCAGUGCCCGACGGCGGCUUCGUGCUGGCCGCCGGAGGUCUGGACAGCGCUGGGUGCAUCGUCACCUUCCUGGUGCGGUACUACUUCGGUGUGGCAGCGGCGCUGUGGUGGGCCGCGCUGGCUGCCGUCUGGGCUCUCCGAUUUGCCAGGGGUUGGAGCCGGCAGGCGCUGCGUCACCUGGCGCCCCGGCUGCACGCGCUCUGCUGGGGCGCGCCGGCUGUACUGGCGGCAGCCGCGCUCACCGCGCAGACCAUCGGCGCCGACGAACUGACGGCGCUGUGUCAGGUGACGCGCCGGCCACUGCCGCUGCUUACGCUGCUGGCGCUGCCACUAGCGCUGGCCCUGCUGGCAGGCGCUGGCUGCCUGGUGCUGGGCGCCUCUGCGCUGGUCGCCAGCCGUCGGCAGCUGCAGAAGUCGGCCGGUUCGCCGGUGCCGGCCGGGACGGCGUCGAGCAGCGCGCGGCGACUCGGGGUGUUCCUGGCGGUGACGGCUGUCUCGGCGGCUCUGACGCUCACCUGUCUGGUGUACGAGGCCGUGCAGACGGAGCACUGGGAGGCGGCGGCACUGCGGCGCGCUGCCACCUGCCAGGAGCCGGCCGGCUGUCCCCCGGAGGUGUCUGUGGCGCCGGUGGCCGUACCGCUGCUGCGGCUGGCCGCUACUCUGGUGGCAGGAGUAGCCAGCGCUCCCUGGGUCUGGUCGGCAGAGACUGCCGCCGGCUGGGCGCGGCUCGGUCACCUGCUCUGCUGCCGCCGGCCGACCGCCGAUAAGACGGCAGCCUACCUACCGGGACGGAGGGGACCGUCUGCCGCCGGGACCGGCCACCUGCAGGUGCUACCGGCUCCUGGGACAGGCCGUCGCGUGUCGCCCGUCUGA